UUGAGGAUGCUUUUGAAGGUGGUUGUAGUUUGCGUGACAUUGGUGCCGUUGAAACGAACGAGAAAAGACCACUUAAAUCGUAUCAGAUUGCAAAAAACAUAGAUAAGUUAAAGAGAAAGCUUAAAAAAAAUAAGUCACCGCUUUAUCAAAGUCUCCACUCUGGUCUUAUUCGAGAGUUGGAGGAUGAUGAACUACGAGAUUCCUUUAUGGAACCGAAACGGAAAAUGGUACCAGGAUCUCUUCCAACAAUUGUGCAAAGAAAGGAGUGGAAAGAAUCUGGUCCUGAGCUUGCAAAUGUUACUGAGAAAAUUUUAGAUUCGUUAGAUGCUUGGAAUAACCCGGCGUUUAGUCCGGAAUUUGAGGAAUUACAAAAUGAAGGCACUUAUGUAAACAAUGUUAUAUUGCCAGCAAUCUGUGCUGCAUUAAAGUGCCUUCCACUGAGGAAAUCAACAUACGUCAGCAGUUCUGAACGUAAAAGCAACGCUAGUGCUGACAGAAAGGG